AAAAAUUGCUUUGACAUAUCUUGCUUCUGUGCAGAUGCAAAAAAUGUAGUUUUCUUGUUUUUGUUUAUGAGUUUGGAAUGCCGGGAGAUGAUUGGUCUUGUGGGUGUACUUUCGCUUGCCGUUGAUAUAUGUCCUGCAGAUAAGCUGGCCCCCUGAGGGGCUGACAGCAAGUGCGACAAGUUAGUAUUUUAGACGUGGAGCAGUACCUGGGAGAUUUUCGGUUGAGUUGGUCUGUUUGUGAAGUUACCAACGUGGGAGCUGACCAGUGAAAGUGGAGACGUUAUUGUCUAUCUAGAUGCGUAUCCGGUUGUUGAUAGUUGAUAAGAACAGUGGUGAUAACGAUACGCCGAUCGUUUGGUGGCAAAUUAAGUUCAAUUUGUGAUUUCGGUGUGAUUGAGCAAUUGUGCAACACAAUUGUCCGUGGGUAAUGAGGCUAUCACCUGCUGAUAGCAGUCCCAUUCAAUUCGCGGUCGGCACAUAGUAGCAACAUAACCCCUCGUAAUUUGUGAGUAGUGAUUACUGACAUCAGAAUGGCUAGUUGGAUCGAAUACACAAGCCCAUCAUGGCGAGAACUCAAUAUGCAGAAGCUUUCAGUAGAUCAGGCGUAUCUGCGAGCGAUCUCAACUACCAACGAGGACAGCUGGGUGUACAGCCUUUCGGAGGAAUGUUACAAGUGUCCCUAUUCAAAACUUUUGAGCAUUUCACCUCAUAAACGCAUCCACACAAAAAUCGGCGUAGCUCGCAGUGUUUUCUUCAAGGUAUUCGACCAAGAUGUGGGCGACUAUGCAUUCGAAAACCAGACCGCGAUAUGUGAAAUCGCGACAAACCUGGGCGAAUUCGGUGUUUACAAUUUAACGGUUACCGACAACAAAACCUGCACUUUCACCACGGACAAAGAGCCAGUGGAUAUUUAUUUGCCAAUGCUACUGGUGGCAAUUAUAUUUGCGUCCAUAACGAUAAUUCUGCAAGCUACGAGAUACUUGUACAAACGAUGUAGUCGUUUGGCCGAAACAGGAGAUUCUGGCGACGAAUUAGUUGACAUGAAUAAGAAAGUACCAGUCAAAAAACGUAUGAAGAGUAUCGACACAUUCCGCGGGAUAAUUAUUGUUUUAAUGAUUUUUGUAAAUAAUGGCGGCGGUGAAUAUUGGUGGAUCGACCAUGCACCUUGGAAUGGACUGCAUGUUGCUGACCUCGUCUUCCCGUCAUUCAUUUGGAUAAUGGGUGUAUGCAUACCUCUUUCAAUUAAAUCGCAGCUUGGACGGAAUAUCUCUAAAAAGUCCAUACUUUUGAAUAUACUUUGGCGAUCUGUUAAGCUUUUCUUAAUUGGAUUAUUCUUGAAUUCAAUCAAUGGCGCCAAAUUUGAAGAUCUACGAAUAAUGGGAAUACUUCAAAGACUUGGGAUAGCAUAUUUCUUGGUUGCAUCGCUCUAUACGAUUUUUGUUACAAACGAAUAUAUUUUACCACAGGGAAGAGUGAAGCGGGCAUUAUUCGAUAUCAUUUAUAUAAAAUAUGUAUGGAUAUUUGGAAUAGCCAUUACAGCAGUGAAUAUGGCGAUAAUUUAUGCUUUGGAUGUUCCCGGAUGCCCAAGAGGAUAUUUGGGACCUGGUGGGACUCAUGAGAUGGGCUCCUAUAAGGAUUGUAUGGGCGGUGCUGCCGGUUACAUAGAUAAAUUGAUCCUCGGGACAAAUCAUAUAUACCAGCAUCCUACGGCUAAAAAGAUAUACAAUUCGACUGCAUUCGAUCCUGAAGGCCUUUUAGGGUGUUUGUUGACCACAGUGCAAACAAUUCUUGGUUUACAAUGCGGGACAACUAUCCUGAUAUAUACAACAUGGAAAUCGCGGGUGAAUCGUUGGCUGAGCUGGAGUGUAGGUUGUGGAGUGAUCGCUGGAGUUCUAUGUCUGUUUUCGAAGGAGGAAGGUUGGAUUCCCGUUAAUAAGAAUCUGAUGUCUCUGUCGUUCGUACUUGCGACAUCAUCUAUGGCAUUUCUCUUCGAAGCUCUUUGCUUUCUCCUGAUUGACGUGAAAGGGAAAUGGAACGGAUAUCCAUUUUUACAAUGUGGAAUGAAUGCUAUUUUACUUUAUGUUGGACAUUCCGUGCUGCAUAAAAUGCUGCCGUGGCAUUGGAGUACCGGUUUGAUGAACACGCAUUUUAUGCUUCUAUUAAAAUGUACCUGGACAACUUUUUUGUGGAUUAUAGUAGCAAUCUAUUGUUAUAAGAAGAAUUUUUUCUAUGUUUUGUAGUAAUUUUAAAUAUUAAAUGGUAAUACAUAUCUACAUUUA